UAGGACUUAAAUGUGCAGCUUCUCUGCCUCCAGAGCUGAGAGCCUGGAAACAGCAGCCUGACUUCAGAACUUGCCCAGCCCUCCCCAGGAAGCCAAGCUGCCUGUCAGAGUCAGACCUUUCUCAUGCACCAAGGCGAAUCCUGCCCCAGCAUCUGUCUGACCAGGAAGAGAAGUCACCCAGCCUUGGUUUGUGCCUGCCUUUCUAUUCUUGGGGUGGAGCGGGGAGCCUUUGCCGGCUGAUCAGGACCUCCAAACCAGGCUGGUUUGUUGAAUGGCUUGUCUUCUGUGGUCACAGGUUCUAAGGUGAGAGGGAAGCCCCUCGGAAUCCCCCAGGGAGUUCUGCUGUGCUAGCUCCCCACGCCCUGUUGGGGGAGUGGUCCCAGCUUCAACCCACAGUCAGCCCCAAGCCGGCCUUCCUUCUGAUGUCCAGCAGCAGCCAGAUCCCUCCUCUGAAGCCAUGGGUCCCUCCCGGCUUGUGCUCCCGUUCAAGACAAAGUUCGGGCUCUGGUGGCUUCUUCUGAUCCCGGCAGUAUCCUCGGAGAGGGCCCCCCACACCCAAGCUGAGGACCGCCUCUUCAAACACCUCUUUAGGGGCUACAACCGCUGGGCGAGGCCGGUGCCCAACACCUCAGACGUGGUGAUCGUGCGCUUUGGGCUGUCUAUCGCCCAGCUCAUCGAUGUGGAUGAGAAGAACCAGAUGAUGACUACCAAUGUCUGGCUAAAGCAGGAGUGGAGCGACUACAAGCUGCGCUGGAACCCGGUCGAUUUCGGCAACAUCACAUCCCUCCGCGUCCCUUCGGAGAUGAUCUGGAUCCCAGACAUAGUCCUCUACAACAAUGCAGAUGGGGAGUUCGUGGUGACCCACAUGACCAAGGCCCACCUCUUCUCCUCGGGCAUGGUGCACUGGGUACCGCCCGCCAUCUACAAGAGCUCUUGCAGCAUCGACGUCACCUUCUUCCCCUUCGACCAGCAGAACUGCAAGAUGAAGUUUGGCUCCUGGUCGUACGACAAGGCCAAGAUCGACCUGGUGCAGAUGGAGCAGACGGUGGACCUGAAGGACUACUGGGAGAGCGGCGAGUGGGCCAUCGUCAACGCCACGGGCACCUACAACACCAAGAAGUACGAUUGCUGCGCCGAGGUCUACGCUGACGUCACCUACUACUUCGUCAUCCGGCGCCUGCCCCUGUUCUACACCAUCAACCUCAUCAUCCCCUGCCUGCUCAUCUCCUGCCUGACCGUGCUGGUUUUCUACCUGCCCUCCGACUGCGGGGAGAAGAUCACGCUGUGCAUCUCUGUGCUGCUCUCGCUCACCGUCUUCCUGCUGCUGAUCACCGAGAUCAUCCCGUCCACCUCGCUGGUCAUCCCACUCAUCAGCGAGUACCUGCUCUUCACCAUGAUCUUCGUCACCCUGUCCAUCGUCAUCACCGUCUUUGUGCUCAACGUCCACCACCGCUCCGCCAGCACCCACAACAUGCCCCACUGGGUGCGGGUGGCCUUUCUGGGCUGUGUGUCCCGCUGGCUUCUCAUAAGCCGGCCAUUGCCACCCUUGGAGCUCCGAGACCCUCCGGAUCUGAAGCUCUGCCCCUCCUAUCGCUGGCUGGAGACCAACGUGGAUGUGGAGGAGAGAGAGGAGGAGGAGGAGGAAGGCAGAUGGGCGUGUGCGGGCCCUUUGUCCCCCUCCGUGGGCGUCUACACCCAUGGGAGUCUGCAGCCAGGGGCCUCGGGUCCCAAGGCAGAAGCCCAGGUGCCAGACGGCGGGCUCCUGCUGUCCCCGCGGGUACAGAAGGCCCUGGAGGGUGUGCGCUACAUUGCUGAUCACCUGAGGGCUGAGGAUGCUGAUUCCUCGGUGAAGGAAGACUGGAGGUACGUGGCCAUGGUCAUUGACAGGAUAUUCCUCUGGUUGUUUAUCUUCGUUUGCUUCCUGGGGACCGUCGGACUCUUCCUCCCUCCCUUCCUGGCUGGAAUGAUCUGAUGUCACAUCGCCUGCUCUGGCCCGGAGGUGGCAUGGCUGACUGUCGUUCCCUGCUGCCACCUCUGGAGUUCACCUUUGGGGUCAACGCCAUCUGACUGCAGGUGUCUCUCCAUGGAGUCCCAAUGUGGAAGUCUGCUUAGAAUGCUUUGCUUGACAUUUUUAUACAAUGUGCUGAGAAUCUGCUGGGUACAGAGCCCUGUCUGGGUUUUAGGAGUUGGGCGAGGAGGAACUUGCUUUGCAGAGGGUUACCAUGUGGCGAGGACGAUGUGAAGAUGGUGACGUGGUGAUAAGAUGCUCCUGAGAUGCAAGAGGGAUGGGAGGGCCAAGAUGGGGGACCCAGGUAGUGGGGUGGGGCCAUGUGAGGAGGCUCAGACAUCAAAGGAGGGGUGUGUGGGGAGAGGGUGCCUCAGGGGGCAGGGAGCUCAGGUGCCCACCCCUUCCACACCCCCACGUGCUCUCCCUGACACUCCAGGGAAAACUGGCCACCCCAGGCCCAGUCCACCUGCCUCAGUUCUUUCCAAGACCCCCCCCCCCCCCCGCCCCGGGGUCAUUCUUAUUUCUGACCCCUCCUGCUCUGUGGACGCAGCCCCAGCCCCCUACCACUCCUCCUACUUCUCCUGAAGCAGGGAUGCUCCCAGCCUUGACCUCCCAGUGUAGAGAU